CCCCCUCUACCUUGUUGGAACUUGUCGACUGAAGCUAUGAAUCAGACAAAGCUAAUACAUAAACUCUGCAGGCACAUGUAAGUCCCUCGCACGGCACAGUGUAUCCCUUCAGCAUCUGGACUUUAUGCACAGAGAUAUACAGAACAGGACAGUGAGAUUAUUUCUUCUGAUGGUGGGCAUAAAGCGGUGACGGGAUUAUUUUUGCAUAAAUGUGGUAAAAGAUAACACUCGAUGGACAAGUUCACUCCAGUCAAGACAAUCAGCUAUGGUGGAGGAGGAGCUGGAGCAGGGAACAAAGGUGAGGGAAGAGCUGUGUCGGGAGGCUCCAAAGGCACAAGCAACUCAUUUGUGGUAACAUCCAGCCGCUCCGGUGGUUCAGGAGCAAACAACGGCACCGGAGGCAUCACUACUGUAGGAGCAUCCUCUGCUGAGGGCUCUGCAGCCUCUGGGGGCUCUGGGGAAGGGUUCAGGGCUGCUGGAGGGGGGUCCUCCGGGGCAGGGUUCAGGGCUGCUGGAGGGGGGUCCUCCGGGUCAGGGCUCAGUGCUGAGGGAGGGGGGUCCUCUGGCAUGUACUCUGGUUUUAUCGUUGAUGGCAGAGAUGGAAAAAAGGAGGGGGGUCAAGGUGCUGUAUCUACAGGGACAAAGACCAGCUGCAGUUCAGGUGGAUACGGUGAAGCAAAGAGAGGGUCUUCCUCUGCAAUCACUUAUUCUCCAAAAGAGAAGAGGAGCAGGAGCAGCAUGGCAGCAGCUCUCCCAGAUGUGUUUGAUGAAAGUUCAAGCACAAGCUCUUCUCCAGAGUACACCAGGAAAGACUACGGCACAUCAAAUGCCACUUCAAGUUCUGCCACCAGGGGGAGAACUCAGAGCAGAGAGAGUGAGAUCAGAGCCAGACUUCAGAGUGCUUCUCCCCCAGCACGUUGGACGGAGCUGGAUGAUGUGAAGCGUCUGCUGAGAGGAAACUCCACCAGCACCAGCCCCACUCAGUCCCCUAACAACACGCUGCCCAUCCCGAGGAAGGCCAGUGUGGAGGCCAGGAGCAUGUCUGAGAGCUCCAGCACAGACCUCCCCUAUGGCAGCAAUUGGCCUGGAGGUGUGAGCAGUAGCUACAGUUACAACACGAACCACAACAACCUGUCCACCUCCUCCCCUCUUUACCAGUCAGGUCCAGCACUUCAGAACAACAUGACUCUCAGCUCUCCCUAUGUGAGCAGUGGCCUCUCUGCCAGCAGCGCAGCUCCAGUGUACGGUGUUCAGAACAAUCUGACCAGUACCAGCCCAACUCUUCCCUCUCUAGCAGGAGGAAACUCUCCAAUAGUUUAUGGUGUGCACAAAAAUCUAUCCGGCCUUGGAGUAAGCCCAAACACAGUGAGACCAAGAAGUCCCUCUGCUGACAAUUCCCCAGGAAAAGACUUUGUGCUGUUAGAGAAGGAGAACACUCCCAUCAAGAUGGAGUCACAGAGGCUGGUCGCGACCAAAGUCACGGCGAAGCAGUUCAUGUCUGCUCCUACUUCUACUAGUACCUUUGUGACCUACCCUGACGACUCACUGAAGAGAGAGAAACAGAAGUUAUCAGCCAGCACAGAGUUAGAAGGAGCAGACACUAAAGCUUCAGGCCUAAGGGUUGCCACAAAAGACAAAGCCACCUAUGCAGAGUUCCGAAAAGAUGAAUCAGGUUUUGGCUUCUGCUCCUGGUGCAGCUGGUGGAAGUGGCUGCUAGGCCUCCUGCUCAGCCUGCUCCUCCUCCUCGGACUCCUCUUUGGACUCAUUGCUUUAGGUGAAGAGGUGAAACGCCUAAAGAACCGCGUCGAUGCCUUGGAAGCCAUCGCUGGCAUCGCCCCAGUCCAGUCCAGUCGCGUGUCGGGCCCCACUGGCAUCAACAUCAUCAAGCCACUGGAUCCAGCAUAUGUCGACAGGACCAUCUCCCUGACCCGCACUGAUAACAACAUCAACCUGGAGGCUGGGCCGGGAGGAGGAGGAGACACAACGAGCACACAGAGACAGGACAGCACUGCACUGCAGAGAACUGUUCAGCAGCUGGUCAGGGCUGAGCUCCAAACGGAUACUGUACGAGAAACACUUAAAGGAGAGAGAGGAGAGCCAGGGACCAAAGGUGACCCAGGGGCACAAGGACAAAAAGGCAAUGGCGGUUUCUCUGGUCCGCCAGGUAAUCAAGGGCAGAAUGGUCACCCAGGACUGGAAGGGCCAAGGGGACCUAAGGGAAGUGCAGGUGAACCAGGUCCCGAGGGACCAUUAGGACCUAGGGGCCGUGAGGGACUGAUGGGACCUCGCGGAGAGACAGGCCCAUCUGGUUUUGGAGUGAAAGGAGACCAAGGUGAGCCGGGACGCCCAGGUCCUGCUGGAGCUGCUGGUGCUGCUGGACCCGUGGGGCCGAAGGGUGAUCAUGGACCAAAGGGUUACCAGGGUGAACCAGGAGCGCCAGGAGCAAAGGCUGACAGAGGAAGUCCGGGGACGCCAGGAACCAAAGGAGAGCAGGGAGAGCGGGGAUCACGUGGAUCAGCAGGUGAACCAGGACCACCUGGACCACAAGGUUCUGUUGGACCAAAGGGGACUAAUGGGAUUACAGGUGAGGGAGGUUCAAUAGGACCUCCUGGAGUCAGAGGACCAGCUGGACCUCCUGGAGAUAAUGGACCCCAAGGCACCCCUGGGAUUCAAGGACCCCGAGGCAUCGCUGGGAACCCAGGCCAACCUGGUGCUCAAGGUGCACCCGGUUCAUCUGGUAAAGUCAUCACUCCAAUUGGCUCUGACACUGUGGCCAUCCCCGGACCUCCAGGGCCAUCUGGGCCUGCAGGCCCUGCUGGAUCUCCUGGUUUGUCUGGUCCCAUUGGCCCUGCUGGUGUCCCAGGACAACCUGGCUCUAAGGGUACACAAGGGGAGGCAGGAGAAAUGGGACCGAAGGGAGAGCAAGGAAAACCUGGCGAGCCGGGCAUCAGCGUCACAAAUUCAGAAACUGUCAGUGCCCCCCGUACUGGACUUUCCUCAGUAGCAGGUUUGCCCGGUCCACCAGGACCCCCAGGUCCUCCUGGACCAUCUGGUCCUCAUGGUCCUGCUGGUGAGACUAAACAAGGUCCUCAAGGACGCAGAGGUCCUCCGGGACAGCCAGGUGAUGGCUAUCCUGGACCCCCAGGACCGAGAGGAGAACCUGGCAGCUUUGUGCCUACUUCAGAGACCUUCUUUGCUGGGCCACCAGGACCCCCUGGUGCAAAGGGCCUAGCAGGCGAGAGAGGACCACAAGGUUACCAAGGUGAACCAGGUCAACCAGGUCUACCAGGUCAACCAGGUCAAGCAGGUCCACCAGGUCUAACAGGGGCAGCAGGUGUUGGUUACCCAGGUCCAAUUGGACCUAUGGGCCCUCGGGGACCACCAGGACAUCAAGGUGAUGCAGGUGUCCCUGGAGCCCCAGGAUUAUCUAGUGGUGGUUCAUUCAGUUCUGUCCCGAGUGGAAGAGAUGAUAGUAGGCCCGGACCAGCUGAUGUGGGCCAGUAUAUCGCAGAGUACCUUCAGAAUGGUGCCAUCAGGGAGUACCUGGCUGGACCUCCUGGACCUCCUGGGCCUCCUGGUGCUCCGGGAGCCCAAGUGAACACAGGAGAUGGGCUGGUGGAUGAUGUGACCAAUCGAGUCGUAGCAUACAUCCAGAGUUCAGUUAGAAGAUAUGAUGGGUCUGUUGGACCACCUGGACCUCCCGGGCCUCCUGGACCUCCGGGAGGCCCAGGGACCACAGAGGCCACAGAGAAUGGGCUGGUGGACGAUGUUGCCAACCGAGUCAUUGCCUACAUCCAGGGUUCAGGUAGAGGGUAUGAUCGGACUCCUGGCCCUCCGGGUCCUCCAGGUCCACCUGGCGCCGUAUCUAUUAAUGACAUCAUCAAUCUUUUACAACGGGAGGAUGUGAGGAGAUAUGUUGCUGGUCCAGCCGGUCCACCAGGACCAUCUGGUGGCCAGAUAUUGAACACCCAGCAGGUGGCUGAACAAGUGCUCAGUCUCAUGAAUGAGAGGGGAUUGGGAGGUGUUCCUGGACCACCUGGACCCCCUGGACCUCCUGGACACUUGUUAUCAACUGGGUAUCAAUCAAAUGUGGGCCCUCAAGGGCCUGCUGGUCCACCUGGUAUCCCUGGUCUACAAGGACCACCUGGACAAGCAGGACCACCUGGCCCACCAGGAUUUGGCGACCACAUCAGCUCAGACAUUCGUGACUACAUGCAAAGUGUCGCCUUCAAAGGCUUACCAGGCCCCCCUGGUCCCCCUGGACCUGAGGGCCCCCCUGGUCCAAUGCAAGGACUGGUCUCAUAUGCUGAGCAUACUGAGAGAGGUUCAAUCACAACAGAGCAACAAGAAGGUUUCAAGAGUCAAUCGAUGAGAGGAGCCAUGUUUGGGCAUCCUGGUCAGCCAGGCCCUCCUGGACCCAGAGGACACAAGGGAGAGCCAGGUGUGUCUGGCACUGGAGCCUGGAGCCUGGAUACUGCUGACUUCUCCAGUAUAGCUGUCCGAGUAACUGAUUACAUCAAAUCCCAUGGUCUGCUCCGUGAUCUCCGGAGAGACCCUGGCCGUGUUGUCCAAGGACUUCCAGGACCACCUGGACCUCCAGGAAUACCUGGACAAAGCCAGUCGGUCAGCUCCCGUGAAAAUAUAGCGGGUCUGGCAGAAUAUCUCAAAUCUCAUGGUGUGCUGCACAAUAUUGUGAGCACCUACAACAGUCGCAUUGUCCAAGGACCUCCAGGACCGGCCGGGCCCCCAGGUCCACCAGGAUACAGCGGAUUUUCUGGUACAUAUGGAAAUGCCACAGAACUGCUGGAAUAUAUCAAAUCGCAUGGCCUGGCCCAUGAAAUCGAGCGCACUCACAAUGAACGCGUCAUCCACGGACGACCUGGGCCACCUGGGCUUCCUGGUCCACCGGGUUCCAGCCGCUUGUUUGGUUCUGAUACAAACGUCUCUGAUUUGGUGGAAUACAUCAAAGCUCAUGGAGCCAUUGUAGGAAAUCCCGGGAGACCAGGACCGAAAGGGGAGAUGGGAGCCCCCGGCAUUAAAGGAGACAGAGGUGAACAUGGUCCUCCUGGGCAUCAUGGACCCAGAGGACUAAAGGGUGACAGAGGAGAUUUCUCACUGAUGACCAAAAGACGGAAGAGGAGCGUUGGCAUCUGAGAGCAGCGUCUCUGAACAUAUGGACCUUUAAGAGUUGUGUAUUAAUAAGGAGGGAACAUGUACUGAAGCACUGGAUGCAGCUUAUCAGUUUGAUUUUUGUAAGGGACGUGAUUGUAUUUUUUGUAUCCAUAAAGCUUUACAGCUCAGUCGUAUUUGGGAAAUCAGGGAUUUUGUAUGAUCUUGAAUUUGUCUGAUUGUAUUGAGGGGUAUUAUUCAGUGAGGUGACAUCUUUUUUUGUGUGUGACUGAUAGAGCGGACGCGCCUUUUUCUUAUUGCAUAGGACAUUUUCACAUCAAAUCAAAAACUAAACACAAGUGUAGUAGAGAGGAAACGGUUUAUUUACAGCAAAAUGAAAAUCUACAUUACAUAGGCAUUCUAAGAACUAUACAUUUAUUAAAAAAAUGCAUAAUGAUCUUGAUAUGGAUCCUGUUUUUUUUUUGCUGUCAAAAUUCAGAAUUCAAUCAAUUUAAUUGAUUUAAUCUACCUGGACAUGGAUUGACAUUUUGCGGUUAUAUUUGUAAGCUGCAAACCUCUAACGAUUACGUAGGUUUAAUAAACUGUAGCACACUGUGUGUAAGUGUGUGUGUGUGUGUUCGGGGGGGGGGUCAUAUAAAUAGCUUUUGAGAAAGUUUAGCAAAAGGUGCACAGCACUCCUUCAUUAUGUUUUUGCACAUAACUUCUCAGUUAUUAAAUACAUGUGACAAUCCUAAAGAAAAUAAGAUGAUGAACUGAACCAAUCGGUGGUCAAGAUGGCCUAAACCAGUCAGGUCAAUUUUUUUUGCAUCAACUGCAUCAAAUAUUACACAGUGUUAGCAUCACUCAUGAUACUUAAGCUUACAAUAAAAAAACAUUUGCCAAAGGCUCAAGCUC